CUCCCCAGAGAUGGUGUUCCUCUGUGAACAAGCUACCGAGCUCACCCGGCACCAUGACGAGCAGCACGGCGCCCGUGAGCACCUGCGAGCCCAACAGGGCAUCUCUYGAGGAUGAGCAGUGCUCGUCACAGGGGUCCUUGAUUUGUCUUGGGGAUGAGGUUCCCUGCGACGCUGGCAGGACUGCAGGGGAGGAUCCCCUGGAGAAUUUACCCAUAGAAGUGAUCUCACAUGAGGAAGAGGCUUGUGCAGCUGCUGUUGUUGCAAACAAGACUGAUGGGAACCAGAAGCUGAGCGGCGGUGAGGGGAGCAGCCAAGCAGAGCUGGACAAYGCCGAGGACGACGAGCUGCUCGCCAGCCUGGAGCUUGAAGAGGAUGAUUUCUGCGACGUCGUCCCGCCCUCCCCGGAGGAGGAGCUGCCUUCCUUCUCACCUUCCGUAAAAAACGUUAGCAAUAUUUUCCAAGAUUUUCCUACUGGUGGAAGAUCAACAGCUUCUUAUUUUGAGCCUGAGAAGAGUCCCACGAAGCAGCCCGUUGCUGAAACUAGAACGGAAGAUGCAGAUAAAAGCUUGUAUUUGGAACAGCAGCUUUACAGCGUCAUGGAUGAUAUCUGUAAACUGGUAGAAGCCAUUCCAAUUCAUGAGCUCCAGCAUCUGUCCUGUGCAAAAGAACUUCUUCAGCAGAGAGACCUCAGGAGAAAGUUAUUAGCUGAUUCUAUCAAGCUGAACAGAAGUGGCCUAAACACCGUUUUGACUAGAACACGGAAGCCACGUGUGGGACAGGGCCCUGCUGCAGAUCCCAAYGCUGCUGUUUGUUCUAGCACUAACCGUAGUUUCAGUUCUGUUGGAAACUCGCCAAAAUCCACAAAGCCUCCAGCURUGUUUUCUGGGCCUGUUAAUUCAAGCAACUUUUCUACAAAAAUAAAUGGAAUAUCUGAUAGCUUGGAUACCCCUUAUGCUUCCAAGCCAUCUGUUUUGGAAAUCACCUGCCCUGGAACUACAGAACUCUCCUCGUGCAAGACAAAUAUCAAAGAAAGGACGUGGUGCAGCCUUGACUCCGAGGCGUCUUUCAGCAGUAGCUGGUGUGAGAAACCAGGGGUGAGAAACACCACGAACUGGCGGCUGCCCGAGGGGCCCGUCACGAGCACAGCUGUGAAAGCGCAGGGCAAAGCACCCGGCAUCAGCGCGGGACACCACUUGGAUGCCAGGGAUACAGACUUUGAUCUCGACCAUUUUGAUAUCGAUGAUUUGGAUGAGAGUUGGGAGAAUCCGGUGAAUGUUUCGGCACCUGAGAAGCCAUCUGCACCGUUGUACCAGCCGGUGAGGGAAGGGCCGCCUGCCAAGUCGCUGCUCUCAAAGAUCAUUUCAGCAGCCAAAGGAUCUGCUCUGGUAUCAAACUCUAUUGCUCCAAAAUCAAGCUUCUUGAUGGCAGCUAAAAGCUCUUCAGAUCCACUUGUUAAUAAUCCAGCGCUAGAGCGUUUCAGGGGUGUCAAGUUUUCCCAUUCUGAAGAAAUGAUGAAUAUAUUUCACAGGAAGUUUGGCUUGCACUAUUUCCGGACAAACCAGCUGGAGGCCGUCAAUGCCGCGCUGCUGGGCGAGGAUUGUUUCAUCUUGAUGCCCACCGGUGGAGGUAAGAGCUUGUGCUACCAGUUACCAGCCUGUGUCUCUCCUGGAGUCACAAUUGUCAUCUCUCCGUUGAGGUCACUGAUAAUCGAUCAAGUUCAGAAGCUGAAGACUUUAGAUAUCGCUGCAACAUACCUGACUGGUGAUAGAACAGAUGCGGAUGCUUCAAAAAUAUAUAUGCAGUUGUCCAAAAAAGAUCCUGUAAUAAAACUUCUGUAUGUUACCCCAGAGAAGGUUUGUGCAAGUGGCCGCCUGAUGUCUGCCCUGGAGAACCUCUAUGACAGGAAGCUGCUCUCACGUUUUGUCAUUGAUGAGGCUCACUGUGUCAGUCAGUGGGGACAUGAUUUUCGAAAAGACUACAAACGUCUCAACAUGCUCCGCAAGAAGUUCCACUCUGUUCCUAUGAUGGCUCUCACUGCCACUGCUAAUCCCAGAGUGCAGAAAGACAUUCAGAAUCAGCUUGAGAUGCUAAAACCACAAGUGUUUACAAUGAGCUUCAACAGGCAUAACUUGAAAUACGAUGUACUGCCCAAGAAGCCAAAAAAAGUGGCGCUGGAUUGCAUAGAAUGGAUCAGAAAGCAUCACCCACAUGACUCUGGGAUAAUUUAUUGCCUUUCACGGCAUGAAUGUGACACAACAGCUGCCAUCCUGCAGAAGGAAGGUCUGGCUGCACUUGCCUAUCACGCUGGCCUCACUGACUCCAAUAGAGAUCUUGUACAAAAAAAGUGGAUUAAUCAAGAAGGAUGCCAGGUUAUAUGUGCAACCAUUGCCUUUGGAAUGGGGAUUGAUAAACCUGAUGUGCGCUACGUUAUCCACGCCUCGCUCCCCAAGUCCAUCGAAGGUUAUUACCAAGAAUCCGGCAGAGCUGGCCGGGAUGGUGAGAUGUCCCACUGCCUGCUCUUCUACAGCUACAGCGACGUCACCCGCCUUCGAAGGCUCAUACUGAUGGAAAAGGAUGGAAACGCUCACACGAGGGAGACGCACUUCAACAACCUGUACAGCAUGGUUCAUUACUGCGAGAAUGUCGUUGACUGCCGGAGAAUUCAGCUCUUGGCCUACUUUGGGGAAACUAACUUUAAUCCUAACUUCUGUAAAGAUCACCCGGAAGUAACUUGUGAUAACUGCAGCAGAAAGAAGGAUUACAAGUCAAGAAAUGUAACGGAUGAAGUGAAAAGCAUUUUAAGAUUUGUACAGGAGCACUGUGGAAUAAAUGGGAAGAGAAAUACGGGUUCUGGAAGGUACACAUUGAAUAUGAUGGUGGACAUUUUCUUAGGUACGAAGAGUGCCAAGAUUCAGUCCGGAAUUUUUGGGAAAGGUGCUGCCUACUCACGGCAUAAUGUUGAAAGACUGUUCAGAAAACUGGUCCUGGACAAGAUUCUGGAUGAAGACUUAUAUAUCACAGCUAACGACCAGGCUGUAGCGUAUAUAAUUCUAGGAGAGAAAGCCCGGGCUGUGCUAGAUGGAUCGCUGCAGGUGGAGUUCCACGAAACCGAAAGUGCCAGUACCAUUAGAAAGCAAAGGGCUUCCGUGGCGAAAAUGUCCCAGCGGGAAGAGAUGGUUAAAAAGUGUCUGGGAGAACUUACAGACACAUGCAAAACUCUUGGGAAAGUGUUUGAUGUGCAUUACUUCAACAUCUUUAGUACUUCAACUCUCAAGAAAAUAGCAGAAACCCUGUCUUCCGAUGUGGAGGUUUUGUUGCAGAUUGAUGGUGUCACAGAAGAUAAACUGGAAAAAUAUGGUGCAGAAAUCAUUAAAGUGAUGGAUAAGUACUCAGAGUGGACGCGACCAGAUGAUGCUGUCGCUGAAAGCGGGGACACAGCUACGGGGAGCCCUGGAGCCCUGGGGAGUGAUGAAGAGGAAGAAGAUGUAGUUACAACUUCAAGUUAUUUCUGCAAUAAUGCAAACCAAGGAAAGAAAAGGAAAAGGUAUCCAAACUUCAGAGAAUCCAAGAGGAAAAAGUCAAGUAAUGGUGGUGGCCAGCAGUUUUAUUCCAAAGGUGGUUACAACAAGUACAGAAGGAGCAAGAAGGCAUCGGGCUCCAAGCCUCCACCUUCAUCUGAUUCUAGUUCAGCGUCGUACUCUGUCAGCAACACGCAAGGAAUGGGUGGAAAACUGGGGMUUAUGGCACCCCCACGGCCCAAACACAGGCAGUUCCUUCAGCCUUCGUAUUCAUUAUUGUAACUAGUGCAUGUAAAUACUGUAUAGAAGUGUACCAUUAAGAUGURAUCAUUUUUUCUUAGCCUUUCUUUCAGUUGCUAGACCUCCUGAAAUAAAUGUGUACAUACUAUGAGCGAGGGAUAUUGGUGCUAAAUAAAUGUUUUUAGACGUGGA